AUGUCUACGUACGGAAUGGAAACACAGAGAAUCGCUCCUCACAAUGACGGCGAUGUUCACCCUGCCAGGAAUACAGAAAAUAUUUUUCUUUUUAUCCCUAACCUUGUAGGAUAUGCACGCAUUACUCUCGCUGUCCUGUCACUCUACUUUAUGCCGAUACACCCCCGAACAUGCUCCUUUCUUUACAGCAUAUCCUGUCUCCUUGACGCCAUAGAUGGCAUGGCAGCACGCAAAUUCAACCAAUCCACGCAGUUCGGAGCCAUGCUCGACAUGACCAUCGAUCGGUGUACCACGGCAUGUCUCUUGGUAUUUCUAGCAGCGGCUUACCCGGCGUGGAGUAUAUUAUUCCAGGGCUUGAUUAGCCUGGAUUUUGCGAGUCACUAUAUGCAUGUGUAUGCCACAUUGAUGAUGGGCACAGCAAAUCAAAGCCAUAAAAAGAUUGGCCAGAACCGGCCGUGGGCGAUGAAGAUAUAUUACUCCAAUGUGAAUGUGCUUUUUACAGUCUGUCUAUUCAACGAGCUCUUUUUCAUCGCUCUUUACCUCUUCUCUUUCUCCGCCAGCACGGAAACACUGAUCCCGGGAAGGACCGAACCGGUAGACACCUUUAUUCUGCGGAUGGUUUUAUACGUUUCCGGGGCAUUUAUGCUUUUCAAGCAAUAUGUCAAUGUGAUCCAAAUGAUUGAAGCGUGUAAAUGGAUUGCUGAGGGGGAUGUCGAGAGGAGGAAGGAAAUGAAUCUCUCCACCAUGGGUGGCGACUUGAACUUGAAGAAAAGCUGGAACCCGGUACUCCAAAAGAACCAGGAAAAAACAUGGAUCGCCGAGAAAAAAGCGCUCGAGGAGCGCAAGCGCAUCGACCAGAUGAUGCGCGAACGCCAGGAAGAGCGCCAGAUUCAAGAAAUCCAAGACCUGCAAGAAGCCGCCGGCGGCAAAAAACGUGCGAACCGCGUGGACUGGAUGUACGCUGGACCGUCGAGUGGCCAGCUCGGCACAACCGAGGAGAUGGAGGGAUAUUUGCUGGGCAAACGGCGGAUUGAUGGGUUGAUCAAGGGCACUGAAAACCAAAAGCUGGAGAAAUCGGCGAGCGAAGAUGCGUUUAUGGCGAUGCAGAACGCGAAUACGGCGAGAGACACCGCGUUGAAAAUUCGAGAGGACCCUAUGCUUGCGAUCAAAAAACAGGAGCAGGCUGCUUUUGAGGCGAUGAUGAAUGACCCGGCUCGCAGGAGACAGCUUCUCAAGGCUUCGGGGCAAGAGAAUGGGUCGUCGGAGAGGGAGCACAAACAUCGCCACCGACACCGGCACCAUCGUGACGACAAGGACGACGAUCGGAAUUCAUCAUCGAGACAUCGGUCGAGGCGACACGAUGAUGACGAUGAUGACUACCGCCGACAUAGACGUCGCGAGCGUGCGAGGAGCAGUUCGCGAACUCGGUCCCCUGCCAGAGAGAGUCGAUCGCGACGGUCUCCUUCACCGUACAGAAACAGCUCCCGUCGCGAGCAUCGUGAUCAUCGCGAACGGUCAUACUCACCACAGUCAAGCCGUCGCAACCGCUCGCCUCGGCGUGACCGCGACAGAGACAACAAACGACAAAGCUGGCACCACAACCCGCGGCCAACGGCCCCGUCUCGCGAACAGCGGCAGCAGGGCUCCGCAGAGUCGAAGAAGGAAGACAUGGCAGCUAAAUUGGCCGCGAUGCAGCAGAAUGCAACGGACCUGGAGAAAAUGCGCACUGAGCGACUGGCAGCGGUCGAUGCGCAGGAACAGACGAAGCGCGAAGCCGAUGAAGCAGCGCGCGCUCGCACGAGCAAGGACGGCGGUCGAGGCACAUUUAUAUCAGGGAUUAAUAAACGCGCAGGCGAUCUGGACUUGUCGGAGCGGCUUCAGCGUGGUCGACGCAAUAUCGAGAAAGAGCAGGAGGCGUAUUAA